CAGCAACACUCAGCAAGCUGCACGCCAUGUCACUUGAAGAGAGACUGGUCAAGGUGCGGGACUCCCCCAAGGGCUCCACUCAGUAUCAGAAUGCGUUGGUCCUCACAGCCAUCGAGGACACGCUCAAGCAGCAGAACUCGGAGCCCACCCCGACCGCAUACUUCGCCGCGCUCCUUGCGCUCCUCGUCCGCCAGGUUUCCAGCGACGGCAUAGCGAACAAAGAAACUGCGACAUCCGUCAUCUACCUACUCGACCUCGUGACGCCUCACGUUCCAGCACCGCUACUGCGAUCCAAGUUCGCAGGAAUUCUUCCGAGCCUUGCACCGGCUCUUACGCACCCAGACGCCGAGGCUCCGCUCCUCAGGUCUGCCAUAGGAUGUCUUGAGUCGCUGCUCAUCGCCCAAGAUGCGCGAGCGUGGGAGCUGCCAGCGUCGCAGGCUGGACCGCGAGCUGCUGUCGGUGGGCUGCUGCAGAUCGCCGUGGAUCCCAGGCCGAAAGUGAGGAAGCGGGCCCAGGAUGCGCUUGCCAAAGUGCUGAACAAUGCGCCACCAAGCCCGUCGCUGGACCACCCUGCUGCCGACAUGUGCGCAGAGACGGCGCUCAAGAUGCUGAAGGACAUCGCCCACGCAGCGGGUCGGUCGGCGAAUCAGAAGAAGCGACAGGCCGUCGAGCAGAGCAAAGAGCCCGAUCUCAUGCAUGCGCUGCAAUUGAUCAAGACCAUCGCAAACACGUCCGGUGGUUGGCCGAGCAGGAAGAUCGAUGUCUUGUGCGAGCUGCUUCUCAAUAUCUCGCGCUCCAGCAGCGAGUAUCUUACCAUGGCCGCGUUCGAAAUCUUUGAGUUGAUCUUCGCGGGAAUGACUGACGAAGUCUCUUCCGCAAAGCUUCCCCGCCUUCUUGAAGUCAUCGCCGAUCUCCAGCCCUCCAAGACCGACACGCAAUUGCUGCCCCCAUGGAUCGCCGUCAUCUCACGAGGUUACGAGGUUUCGGCUGCGAUUGAACCUGAAGACACCUUCGCCAAGCUCCCCGAGCUAUUCAACAUGGUUGCUUCCUUCCUCGAGUCGCCGUCCCACAACAUCCGCAUUUCCGCUUCCGAGUGUUUGAUUUCUUUCUUUGCCAACAUUAUACCCGACAGCGUUAUUUUGGAGCCUUCAAUCUACGACGAGAAGAUUUUGGAGAAGUUGGCGCAGGCGGCGCAGAAUCUGUUGAGCGUAAAGUAUCAGGCUGCCUGGAUGGAGGUGUUCAACAUGCUCGGCGCCAUGUUCGAUGCCCUUCGCUGGCGCUCGGAUCCCAUCCUGAAGCCUGUGCUGAGGACUGUCGGGGAACUGCGAAGCAACGAUUCCUUCGCGGGAAAGAAAGAGGCAGAUAAUGUUAUUUCGAAGGCGAUCGGUGCUAUGGGUCCGGAAGUGGUCCUGGAGGUCCUCCCGCUGAACCUGCCGAGACCACCACCGGGCCAACAGGGCAGGGUUUGGAUGCUGCCUCUUCUCCGCGAUUCGGUGCACAACACGAAACUUGCGCAUUUCAGGCAGGAGAUGGUUCCCCUCAGCGAGCAAAUGUUUCAAAGGGUCAUAGAUCACGGAAAUCAAGAGAAGACUAUGGAGAUCAAGGUUUUCGAAACUGUUGUCCAGCAAAUUUGGUCGAUCUUGCCCGGUUACUGCGACCUGCCACUGGAUCUUGUUGAAGCUUUUGACCAAGGCCUUGCGGAGAUGUUGGCAAAUCUGCUGUACAGCCAAGCAGAUUUGCGAACGGACGUCUGUAGAGCUUUGCAGAACCUUGUCGACGGCAACAAGGCCAUCGUAGAGCUCGAGGGCGAAGAGGACCUUGUUACCCAGGCGCGGAUAUCCAAAGCACAGGCUCAGAAGAACCUGGAGCACCUGGCUAGCUUUGCGAGUAACAUGCUCGCCGUGCUGUUCAAUGUAUACAGCCAGACACUGCCGCAAUAUCGGGGUACCAUUCUCAGGACGAUUAAUGCGUAUUUGAGCAUCAUCCCGGCGAAAGAGCUCAUGGAGACCUUCGAGCGAGUAGCCACCAGUCUUGAAGCAGCUGUGCCAGCAGAGGGGUCGCAAACGCAGGCGGAUAAGCAGAAGCAGGGCAAGAAGCAGGACAAGAUGCCGCCGAUGAGCCAUACGCUCAUGGAUCUCAUAAUCACCAUCGCGCCAUACCUGCCCCGGGAUAGCUAUCCCGCCCUGUUCAAGAUGGCUUCCAUCAUGAUCAACAGAAAGGAAGAUCCUCAACUGCAGAAGAAGGCUUACAAGAUGAUCCCAAGGCUUGGAGAAUCAGAGACCGGUAAAGCUGCACUGCAAGAUCGCACCGGCGAGCUUCAGCAACUGCUCCUGCAAGGUGCGGAGCAAGCUUCCGGCCCUGCGCGCAGGGACCGAUUACUCGCUCUUCACCAGAUCCUGGAGUACCUUCCCCAGACUGAUCUGCACUUCAUCCCAUCCGUUCUUUCCGAAGUCGUCAUCGCAACCAAGGAAGUCAACGAAAAGGCCAGAGAAGCGGCCUACGAGCUGCUUGUGGCAAUGGGUGAAAAGAUGGCAUUGGGUGGAACGGUCCUACAGAACAAGGUUCCUAACAUGCCCGCGGAUGCGCCAUCAGUAGAGGCUUCAUUGGAUGAGUACUUCACAAUGGUCUCUGCUGGUCUCGCAGCAUCAACCCCACACAUGAUCUCCGCCUCAAUCACCGCUGUUACCCGCAUCCUGUUCGAGUUCCACGCCCGGGUAUCAAAGGAAGCGAUACAGAAUCUUGUCGAGAUUAUGGACAUGUUUUUGCAAAACCCCAACCGCGAGAUCGUCCAGAGUGUACUUGGCUUCGUAAAGGUCGAAGUCAUCUCGUUGCCAGAGUCAAUUGUUAAGCCCCGUCUCAAUACCCUACUUACCAAUCUCUUGGUUUGGAGCCACGAACACAAGGCGCAUUUCAAGGCAAAGGUGAAGCACAUCGUUGAACGUAUGAUUCGCAAGUUCGGCAUCGAAGAAGUUGAGCGUGCCUGCCCGGAGGCAGACCGUAAACUCAUCACCAAUAUCCGAAAGACGCGCGAGCAUCGCAAAAAGAAGAAGCUACAAGCCGCUGAGGACGGCGAGGAGGUUGAAGAGAAACCAAAGGGAAGAUUCGAGAGCGAGUAUGACCAAGCGGUGUAUGGCAGCGAGAGUGAAGAAGAAGACGGCGACUCAGAAGACGAAUUCAUCAAGAAGCAAAGCACUCAGCGCCAAGGCAAGGCUAAGCGCGGCGAGACGUACAUCGUCGAAGACGAAGACGAGCCGCUGGAUCUGCUCUCCAAACGCGCACUCGGAAACAUCUCCUCGACCAAGCCCCUGCGGAAGAAGGAGGCACCACAGAAGAAAACCAAGGCGCGCACGAACGAAGAUGGCAAGCUCAUCCUUGGCGACUCGGAUUCCGACGACGACACAGGCACACGCAAAAAGGGAGGCAAACGUCAAGCCGCCGACGACGAAGGCGACGUCCUCAUGGAUGUCGACGAAGGCGUUUCGCUUGAGGCUGGCAUCAACGCUUACGUAGAUGCUAUCCGGGGCCGCGAUUCCGCGCAACGCGGCCAGAAGGGCAAGCUCAAGUUCAGCAACAAGCAGAGUAACGGCGGUGAUGACAUGGAUGUCGACAGCGACGACGAGAAAGAGGACAGGCGCGCGAAGUCUGGAAGCGGCAUGGGUCGAGGUCGGGGCAGCGCACAGAAUCAGAGGAGAGGGCUAGGUGUAGAGAAGGCGAGGGGCGGUGGACAGGGCGGCGGCAGAGUCGAUAAGGGGAACAGGAGUCCGAAAAUGAGGGGCUGGGGAGGGCAGAGGGCACGAGGUGGUGGGCGCGGGCGGGGGAGGAAUUAG